UCACCAUGCUGUUGUGGGUGCCGCAGGCACUGCUGGCCUUGCUUCUACCCACGCUCCUGGUGCAGGGAGAAGCCAGGCACUGGAGGCACCUCCAGGCCCAGAACACCUCCAGGCCCGCUCUGCUGAGGCUGUCAAAUUACCUCCUGGCCAACUACCAGAAGGGCGUGCGGCCUGUGCGGGACUGGAGGAAGCCAACCACGGUGUCCAUCGACGUCAUUGUCUAUGCCAUCCUCAGCGUGGAUGAAAAGAACCAGGUUCUGACCACCUACAUCUGGUACCGGCAGUACUGGACUGACGAGUUUCUCCAGUGGAACCCCGAGGACUUUGACAACAUCACCAAGCUGUCCAUCCCCACCGAGAGCAUCUGGGUCCCAGACAUUCUCAUCAAUGAGUUUGUGGACGUGGGGAAGUCUCCGAGUAUCCCGUACGUGUACGUUGGGCAUCACGGUGAGGUCCAGAACUACAAGCCCCUCCAGGUGGUGACCGCCUGUAGCCUCGACAUCUACAACUUCCCCUUCGAUGUACAGAACUGCUCCCUGACCUUCACCAGCUGGCUGCACACCAUCCAGGACAUCAACAUCUCCCUGUUGCGCUUGCCGGAAAAGGUGAAACUGGACAAGACCAUCUUCAUGAACCAGGGCGAGUGGGAGCUCCUGGGGGUGCUGACCCAGUUCCGGGAGUUCAGCAUGGAGAGCAACAGCUGCUAUGCAGAAAUGAAGUUCUACGUGGUCAUCCGCCGGCGGCCCCUGUUCUACACGGUCAGCCUGCUGCUGCCCAGUAUCUUCCUGAUGCUCAUGGACAUCGUGGGCUUCUACCUGCCUCCGGACAGCGGCGAGAGGGUCUCCUUCAAGAUCACACUCCUCCUGGGCUACUCCGUCUUCCUGAUCAUCGUGUCUGACACGCUGCCGGCCACGGCCAUUGGCACUCCCCUCAUCGGUGUCUACUUUGUCGUGUGCAUGGCGCUGCUGGUGAUGAGCUUGGCCGAGACCAUCUUCAUCGUGCGGCUUGUACACAAGCAAGACUUGCAGCAGCCCGUGCCUGCCUGGCUGCGGCACCUGGUUCUGGAGCGAGUGGCCCUGCUCCUUUGCCUAGGGGAGCAGUCAGCUUCUCGAAGGCCCCCAGCCACUUCCCAAACCACCAAGACUGAUGACUGCUCAGACAUGGGAAACCACUGCAACCAUCUGGGAGUACCCCGGGACUUGGAGAAGACCCCAAGGAGCCGAGGCAGCCCCCCACCACCACCACGGGAGUCCUCCCUGGCAGUGCGAGGGCUCCUGAAGGAGCUGUCUUCCAUCAGGCACUUCCUGGAGAAGAGGGACGAGAGCCGAGAGGUGGCCCGGGAAUGGCUGCAUGUGGGCUCCGUGCUGGACAGGCUGCUCUUCCGCAUCUACCUGGUGGCGGUGCUGGCCUACAGCAUCACCCUGAUCACCCUGUGGUCCAUCUGGCAGUAUUCUUGAGU